GCCGGGUGGAAAAUCCUAUUGAUUUUUUUUCUGUUCCACCAUUGGCUUUACAGCCGGUGGUACCCAAAUUUUCAAGAAAAGAGCAGUUUCCCCAGUCUCUAGGUCUGAAGAGGGCAAAGAGAAUGAUGGACAGUAUGGACCUGUAUCAUCUUUAUCCACCUCUCUCGCCAACGGACAUGAUUGCACGUUCAAGGAUUUAACUUCAUCUGUCCAAAUACAGGUAGUGCCAAAACAAACACUUACACUCCACCUUGGGCAUCUACAGAGAGCCCCGAGUCAAGCAUCUGUGCUCCGUCCAGCUGCCCCACUGCAGGUACAUCUGUGGUGCCAUUGGUCCUGCUGGUUUGGUAUCUGGGGGCGUGGUUAACCCUUCCCAGCCCGUCCCGCUGGCUUCUUCACACUGUUAGACUUUUCACCUGGCGCCUGCCCAAGUUCAGGGGCAUCCAGUUCACUUCAGUGAAGCAUGCAGUUCACGAAGGUUGCUGCGGUGGCACUUUAUUGCUCCCACGAGAGAGCACGGCAUUCACAUACUCAACUACCUCGACAACUGUCUCAUCACUGUCUCGAAAGCAGUUAUGCGUCCACAGGGACCUGGUGUUCAGGGGCCUUCGGUCAACUGGGAGAAGAGCAAACUUGCAUCUGUGCAGCAGAUCUCUUAUCUCGGUAUGGAACUCACCAACAGCUGUUUUCCUCCCUGACCAAGUUUUUUGGAGACAACAUAAUUUGUAGGAAUUCUGUAAAUUAAAAUGCACAAGCCAGAAGCAAUAAUAGCCAACAAAUAGAUAAAGAAAGACUCAUUAAUAUAACAUUUAAUAUUUAUUUGAAUUUUGUAUGCGCAUUUAUGGGAAGAAACAACGUUAUGAAUGUGGUUGAUUUCUCCAAUCAAAUUAUUCUAAAUUCUGAAAUGUACACUUAAAUAGGAUUGUUUCUUUAAACUUUAACAAAGACUUUGCAUCAGUAUUUAAACCACAAAAAAAUUACACCUGAAAUAUCAGUAUGGUGAAAAACGUUGGGUAAAAACUUUACUUUUCUUGAUAACUUUGACAUUUGUGUGGAAUUACAGAGGGAAGUUCUUGACCAUACAAAUGAAAUCUACAUUUACUCUUUUAGCAGCAAUGAACUCACAAACAAUACAUAAGUGAAGAUUUAAUAAGAAACUCUAUAAACUGUUAAAAAAAGACUAUAAGUUAAAUAAUUGUAUAUAAAUUAGUUUAAGUACAUCCUCAGCACAUUUGAAACUCUCUAAUCAUUUCACACUUUGAUAGUUGAUCUUCCUCUCAGUGUGCAGUGAUGGUGAAACAUCAGCAAGGAGCUGUGACAGCAGUUAUGAACAUGAGUUUGUUUCUGCUGCCAGGACUUCUGUGCAGCGCUUCUGGUUUGCAGAGACCGUAUCACUUUAGAAAUGAGAACAUGACAUGGACAGACGCUCAGAGUUACUGUAGAGAGAGAUACACUGAUCUGGCUACUGUAGACUCGAUGGAUGAUGUGAACUGGAUGGUAAAUACAGUAAAUGAUGGCUACAGUGGAACAGUGUGGAUUGGACUGCAGAGGGCACCACAGAGUCACUGGAUUUGGUCAAAUGUGGAAAGCACAAUCUCUCAGUACAGUAACUGGUUCUUUAAUCAGCCAGAUGGAGAACUUUUGAAUGAAUUUUGUGUAUUAACAAUUAAUGGAUUUUGGCAGGAUGUCAAAUGCAAUAAAGUUCUAUAUUUUGUAUGCUACAACGAAAUGACUGGAUACAUCAUGAUAAACAGUUAUAAAAACUGGACAGAUGCUCAGAGUUACUGCAGAGAGUAUCACACUGAUCUGGCCACCGUCCACAGUGAUGCAGAGCAGAUUCAGCUUACAGCAGUUGCUGGAUUUCUGGAAUCGGUCUGGAUCGGUUUGUAUUCUGACGCUUGGCAGUGGUCUGACCAAUGGAGUCUCUUCUUUAGAAACUGGGCAACAGAAUACACAUCCAGGACUACAGGAUUUGGUGAUUGUGUUGCCAUGUCAACAGUUUCUGAAAAAUGGGUCCAAUCUCCCUGUAAUGAACUGCACCAUUUUAUCUGCUAUGGUGAUGUUAAAAAACAGACUGUCAGAAUGAAAUUGACCCUUGAUGGAAAAUACAACUUGCAUGAUCCAUCACUACAGACUGCCAUUUUAAAUAAGAUAAUUGAAAAGCUAAAGAUUGCUGGACUGAACAGUCGCAGCACGAUAAGAUGGAGAGCCGAUGAUAGUGGAGAGGUGUUUCACCCAGAGAGCAAAUCUACAUCCAAUUCAAAUACAUGUGAUUCAAACUAAUCUUCAAUGGAUAUCUUUAAAGUAAACGUUAUAACAUAAUGAUAGAUUAU